AAAGGUACUUUUUUGACAAAAUUUAUUUAAAACAAAUAUAUAUUAUAUGUUAUAGUUUAAACUAUAUUUUAAAAAGAUAUUCUGCCAAUUUGCGAGAUUCAGAAAUCUGAGAACUGAUCUAUGGCCUUGUCCACUCACUGCAGGCCACCCCGUCAGUUAAGGCGGAGCCGGGAAUAGAGCCAGCCCUGCUGAAUUAUAAAUUGGGUUCUUGCCUCUCUCCUGUCUCCUGCCUGCUUCCCUGCCCCUGCCCUGGGGGACAGUGAGUGGAGAUGUAGGAAGCAGAUGUUUGCCCCUGUUCUCCCCUGCAGAGCUUUUAAGGUGGUCCUGCCGACUCAGCUGUCCUCUUUGAAGGGCUCCUCACUCAUUGAGAGAAUCUCUGACUCCAAGGACUUGAAAAAACUUCUCAGAACCAGGAAUAAUGUGCUGGUACUUUACUCCAGAUCUGAGGCGGCAGCUGAAAAUCAUCUCAGGUUAUUGUCCACCGUGGCCCAGGCAGUGAAAGGACAAGGCACCAUCUGCUGGGUAGACUGUGGUGAUGCAGAGAGUAGAAAAUUGUGCAAGAAGAUGAAAGUUGACCUGAGCCCAAAGGACAAAAAGGUCGAAUUAUUCCAUUACCAGGAUGGUGCAUUUCAUACUGAAUAUAACCGAGCUGUGACAUUUAAGUCCAUAGUGGCCUUUCUGAAGGAUCCAAAAGGGCCCCCACUGUGGGAGGAAGAUCCUGGAGCCAAAGAUGUUGUCCACAUCGACAGUGAAAAGGAUUUCAGGCGUCUCCUGAAGAAGGAAGAGAAGCCGGUCCUGAUGAUGUUUUAUGCCCCCUGGUGCAGCAUGUGCAAGAGGAUGAUGCCACAUUUCCAGAAGGCUGCCACCCAGACACGAGGCCACUCCGUGCUGGCCGGGAUGAACGUCUAUCCCUCUGAAUUUGAAAACAUCAGGGAGGAGUACAACGUGCGCGGCUACCCCACCAUCUGCUACUUUGAGAAAGGCCGGUUCCUGUUCCAGUAUGACAACUAUGGGUCCACAGCUGAGGACAUUGUGGAGUGGCUGAAGAAUCCACAGCCGCCACAGCCCCAGGUCCCCGAGACUCCCUGGGCAGAUGAGGGCGGCUCCGUUUAUCACCUGACCGACGAAGACUUUGACCAGUUUGUGAAGGAACACUCCUCUGUCCUCGUCAUGUUCCAUGCCCCAUGGUGUGGACACUGCAAGAAAAUGAAGCCAGAGUUUGAGAAGGCAGCGGAAGUUCUCCAUGGAGAAGCGGAUAGCUCUGGUGUCCUUGCAGCUGUCGAUGCCACCGUCAACAAGGCCCUGGCAGAAAGAUUCCACAUCUCAGAGUUUCCUACAUUGAAGUAUUUUAAGAAUGGAGAGAAAUAUGCAGUGCCUGUGCUCAGAACAAAGAAGAAGUUUAUUGAGUGGAUGCAAAACCCCCAGGCCCCCCCACCUCCAGAGCCCACUUGGGAAGAACAGCAGACAAGUGUGCUGCAUCUACUGGGGGACAACUUCCGGGACACCCUGAAGAAGAAGAAGCAUGCCUUGGUCAUGUUCUACGCGCCUUGGUGCCCACACUGUAAGAAGGUCGUUCCGCACUUUACUGCCACUGCUGACGCCUUCAAAGAUGACCGAAAGAUCGCCUGUGCUGCUGUUGACUGCAUCAAAGACAAGAACCAAGACCUGUGUCAGCAGGAGGCCGUGAAGGCCUACCCCACUUUCCACUACUACCACUACGGGAAGUUUGCAGAAAAAUAUGACAGCGACCGCACGGAAUUGGGAUUUACCAAUUUUAUUCGAACCCUCCGAGAGGGAGACCACGAAAGACUCGGGAGAAAGAAGGAAGAGUUGUAAUUUCUGCCUCAGAGAAAGCUUUUCCAUUACACUGUGAAUGAUACCUGUUUUGUUGUUCUUUCUGAAUUUCCACGUGUUCUGAAGACAAAGUUUUUUAUAGCCCUUUAUGGCCAUUUUGUACAAUUUUGAAAUAAAAUUAAACCAUUUA